CGGAUGGGCUGUGGGUUACCAAGGUGAUUUGACUUACGUAGCUGAGGCAACAUGGCGAACUCCGGUGGAGUGACCGUGGAUGACAUGAUGCGAUAUGCUGAAUAUACUCCAAAAACAAGCGUUAGGAGUGAUGCGGACAUAGACCGACGGCUGGGAGGGACUCUGAUUGCAGUCGGUCUUGGUGUGGCUGCUGCGGGUUUUGCAGGCCGCUAUGCAUUCCAGUUGUGGAAACCUCUUGGACAAAUCUUCUCUGAAACGGUCAAGAAGAUGCCCACAUCAGCUUUCUCAUCAUAUUAUAAAGGAGGUUUUGAGCAGAAGAUGUCCAAACGAGAGGCCAGCCUCGUUCUUGGCAUCAGCCCAACCAGCACUAAGGCUAAGGUACGCGAGGCCCAUCGGAGGAUCAUGGUCCUGAACCAUCCAGAUAAAGGUGGGUCACCGUAUCUCGCUGCUAAGAUCAACGAGGCCAAAGACCUUUUGGACAAGGAGACCCGGCGAUGACCUGCACUGUUAACGAACAUUUUAGACGUCCAUCACCUUGUGCAUCAUCUCAGCUCUAUAGUGCUGCUCCAUCGACACCACACCGAGGCAUCCACUCGUGACAGUUUAACAAGGUUACUUAUCUUCGACUUAAUUUGUCAACAUUGUGAACAUAUAUAUAUGUAUCUCAACCAAGAGUGAGAUAUUGCCUUGAAAUGAAAGUCAUUUUGAAUGUUAGUUUAGGUGUUAUAACUGUAGGCAUGGGUAGCUAAAGGUGUAGAGUCGCCCUCUAGUGGUAGCUGUUUUACAUCGAGUACUUCUGCUGGUUCAUGACUUGCUGUGUAUAAAAUUUUAUUAUGAGUGUACAAAUGCUGAACAUAAGGUAUUAUGUAAUGAUGUAAUCUAUUUAAAGAACAAUAGAAUAAUAAAUUCAAAUAUUUCCAUGUUUAAACAGUUAAUGUUUAAGUGGUGAAAAACAUUUUUAAAUAAACUUCAUUUGAAACACAUGUAGUAGUCAUGUGUUUGUAUUAGAAUGAGUGACUGGGCAGGUCAGCCUAAACCUAUAUGAACCAGGUUUACUGAAUAAAGUAUUUUUAGUACUAAACAGCAGUGUCUCCUCCUGUGUAUGGCUGAAGUGUUUGGCUUUCUUCUCUUCAUAACAAAUGCCCCGGCCAUGCCUUGAUGAGGAGCCGUUCGUGUUUUUAGUCUUUCUGACAUCAGUUUAACGAUGCUUUUAAACUCUGAACACAACAGGUGCUUUAUCUGCAGCAGCUGACUGACUGAGCAGGUAUUAGUGAUUCAGGAGUCUUCUGGACUGCAUCUAAUUUCACUCAAUUUAAGAGCUACUUUUAGUGUUAAAGGCUUUGGGAAUUACCUUUUAGACCAUAAACUUAGGAGUCCUAAAGUUUGGACUGACACGUUUCUCUCAACGCAGCCAGUUCAGAGCUACUUUUAGUCCGAUGUUUUUUUGAAUACAACCCCAUGUUUCUGUAAUCCCCCACGGAAACCAGGUAUCUUGUAUACAUGACAUGUAAAAGAUCAGAUGACAGCAGAAAGGUUGACAUGCUUACUUAAGUGCAUCUAAACACUGAGUAAACUGGUAACUUACCUAGUGAUGCUUUGUCAGGCAGCCAUUUUCUAUUUGUGUUUUAUAAUUACUCUGUUGCAUGUUAAUCUUUGUUGCUGUGUCUCAAUGUUUAAUGUGUUGAUGUUGUUAAUUUGUUUCCUUUUAAAAAAGGAAAAAGCAGACAAAUAAAAAACCCACCUCAGA